AUGGGGACUUUCAAUCUUUGGACAGAUUACCUAGGUCUGGCAAGACUGGUUGGGGCUCUGCAUAAGGAAGAGGAGCUUGAUGUCAGGCUGGAUCCCAAACCAGAGCCCAAGCCAAGCUCAGAAAGCCAGCAAGCCAGCAAGGAAUCCUCGGCAGCUCCUGAACGUUUAUGUUCAUUCUGCAAACACAAUGGCGAGUCCCGUGCGAUCUAUCAGUCCCAUGUCCUGAAGGAUGAGGCAGGGCGGGUGCUAUGUCCCAUUUUGAGGGAUUAUGUGUGUCCCCAGUGUGGGGCCACUCAGGAGCACGCCCACACUCGACGCUUCUGCCCACUCACCAGCCAGGGCUACACUUCUGUCUACUGCUACACCACCCGGAAUUCUGCAGGCAAAAAGCUGACCCGACCUGACAAGGCAAAGACACAGGAUGCUGGCCACCACCACCUUGGAGGAGAAGCAGCAACAGGUGUCUAUGCAGGUUCCAAAAGUGGCAGGAAGCCCCCUGGACCUUCAUCCUCAGCCUGCUGUCCUUCCACUACGGCCUAGGAGCUUAGAGGAGCCUUCCUCCUCUCUGGCUCCCAGCCCACCCCAGCCCAGGAGCAAGAAUGUGGGCAGAGGGUAAAGCCUCAGGCCAGUUUAUGGUGGCAUCAUUGCCAAGGGUCUGGACACAGGCAUGCUGGAGACUGGAUCUUGCUUAGGACUGAGGCUGGCCACAGUCUUGUCAGCGAUCACCUUCCCCACCCUGGCCCUACUUGUGGUGUUGCCUCAAUGUCCAAUAAAUGCUAAGGAGUGGAGCAUGUCUUGAGACAAAGUGGUAUGAAUCUG